UCACAGACUCCGGCGGAAGCGCAUCAUCAUCUGACACGAUUCGGUGGAUAAUCGCGCGGUCAAGGCUUUUGGGAAGUGUUGUAAUCGGGAAUGGUUCUAUAUGGGGCCUGUCUUCUCGGGGGUGACUCUUGAUAUCCUUCAGAGUGGCGCCAAUUCCCAUCUCAAGCGACGAGGAUUAAGGGAGAGCAUUGUUAUUACUUUCGUUUUAUGUUUCGGAGGUGCUUUUCUUCGCGUUAUCUCAUUUUAUGCGCGGGAAGUGAAAUUUUAUCCCCCCAUUUCCGCUUGAAUAGCGCGCUUCGUCGUUCGGUCCGGGAGGAGCAUAGUGUUUUAGUUAAGCAGUGCUGACGACAAAGUUCAAAGUGAUUGAUGAGCUUUUGAUGUUGGAGAUACGGGAGGAAUGCAACGCUGUCUGUUGUAUCGUGAACUAGUGCUUUUCUCCAGGAGGAUAAUGGUGAUGUGUUUGUGAGUGUGAAACUGUGGCAACAAAUUGCGGUAAUGGAUCAUUUGCAGUUGGUGAAAUAUGUCACCCACGGUGUGGCAAGGGUCUCUGCAUGAAGAACAGCGUGAGUGGAAGUGAGGGCACUGCAAUAAAAAAUUUAAUGAAGGCAUUCUUGUGGCAGUCUGGUCGCAUAAUAGCGCAAAGGCCGGUGGAAAUUGAUUCACAGUGAUAUAAAGUUUAUGAAAAUAAUGGCUGCGAAAUGAAAGCACUAGCCAGUGAUACAUAGCUUUCCUGCGUUUUAAAUGAGUGGGUUCAGCCUGUUGGCCAAAUAAAUUAUUAACCCGAAUAAUAGUGGCGCAAGUGCAAAAAAAAGGCUUGAAUGGAAAUGGUUGUGAUGAUUAAUAAAAGAAUUUAAAACACCACCGCUGUACGUAUGUGACGUUGUUCAUUACCAUAGGAUUAACUGCGGCGGUUAUGAUGGCUUUAUUUUCGGAGCAAUACAGAGCGUGACGUGAAAAAUGGAGCAAAGGAUUAUCAACAUCGUUUUUGGAUUACUGAUCAUCAUGCAGCAUGGGGCCGGCGAUGAUUUGGGACUCCUCUCGAGUACGCUGCGAGCAUUCCGGCAAGCGAGCUGCGAAAACGAGCUCAUGACAUUAUCCUGCCCAAUCGGGACCAGCAUCAGCGUGGAAGUCGUGCAGUAUGGCAAAAAAGAGGAAAAUUCAUCACUCCAGUGUGCGUUUACUGACUCGCUGGAAAAUCGGUAUCCAAUGGAGUCGACAACGUUGAUAGCAGAUAUGCCUUUUGUGUUGGGCAAUUUAACGUUUUCUUUGGUAGAUGCCAAUCUCAAUGAAACGAGUGCAGCGGAAAAAGCGAAAAGUAAAUGUAUCCACAGCUAUGUUCUUCAGUAUUCCAUCCUGCAAAUUGUUGUGGAAGCUUGCCAGAAGAAACGCAAGUGUUCAUUCCGGGCCUCACCGAAAGUAUUCGACAGCAUACCUUGUCCCGGCAUCCACAAGCUGGUAGAAGUGAGCCACAAAUGCCGACCAUUUGAGUUCCGGAGUCUCAUAGCUUGCGAGAAGGAUGUGAUACGAUUGGCCUGCGGUCGUUACACUAGGGUAGCCAUUUAUAGUGCCAGCUAUGGAAGGACGGCCUACGAAAGCUCUCACUGUACGCAGGCGGCCGGCUCCAAGGAAGAAACGUGCUUGUCGGCGCACACCAGCCAUACACUGACGGAAAUUUGCCAAGGACGACGAAUGUGCACUGUGGCGGUAGAGGCAUCAACCUUUGGCAGUCCUUGUCCGGAGAACGUCCGAGUCUCGCUCAAAGUUGUUUACGCAUGUGUAUCCAGAAAUGUUUUCCGAGACCGCUACAUUACCCCUCUGGAGGAAGAUGAAUUGGAUCCGCAUUUCGAGAUGAAUGAGCUCUACGACGAUGAACUCACUCCCGCCCCUAACCAAGUGGACGAUUCCUCGAGUGGCCAAAUUAGUCAUAAAUUUUCUGAUGAGCUCGAGGCAACUGUGAAGGCUGAAAAUAUUCUCACACAUAGCAAGGACGCAAAUAUUGAACAUCGGAUCGAUAAUCAUCUACUGGUAAUCGUCGUGGUUGUAAUUUUCUUCGGAUGCUGCCUCUCGAUUGGGGCUUUGGUGGCUUACAAAAUGAGAUUACUAUCAUCGACAGACAAUGCAUGCAUCAAACAUUCAGAAUCGAGCGAUCCACAGUCGAAUACGACAAGCAACGCUCCGAACGAAGACUUCGACCUGGUGGAGUGCGUAGCGGAAACUAUUCCCGUGGCGGUGAAAAUGAAGCAAACGACCUACGAGCAUCCAUCAACGUCUGCCCCGUUCAUGCCAACGUUCAAAGUUUUUAAUCACCCCGAUGCCGUGCCCCAGAUAUCGACCACAAUGUUCAUCCUACCGAAUUAUAUAGUCACCGAGGGCAAUUUACAGAGCAAUAAAAACGUAACUCUCAGUCAGCAGACGGCAGCGGUGGAAAAUCUCAGUUUGACCGUAACAGAUUCCACCGCCAACAACGUGGACCAAUACUCCCACGAGUCGAACUCCUGUCUUCAGUGCAACUUCUUGGGGUGGCCAACGGCGACAACUGGACCGGCUUCAAUCGACCAGAAGGCGUCCACUCUCCGUCAAAAUCAAUCAUUCAAAAUACCGGAUAACGAACGGAAAAUCUGCCAGAACGAUUCUUUUUUAUGGCUGGGCUUGAGGGUCGGGGUGAUGUAAACUUGUAGGGUAAAGCUGUCAAGAAUGAUUCUUGCGUUUAACUAAGCCGUUCUGUCUCUCACUGAUGGUUGAUUGAUGUUGAGUUGAGUUUUAUUUCGUUCAUCGUUUAGAAAUCAAAUGUACAUAUAUAACCGGAGAGAAGGUAAGAAUUAUUCUAUCAUAAAUUUUGAAUUUUAGAUUGUUGUAAGACGGUUAUGGGGAUUUGAAAUCCGUUUUGACACUUAACUAAUAUAAAUGUGAAAUGAAUUUCCUAUUCAAAGCAUUUAUUACUCGCAUUUUCGAAAGCACGACUUGCAUGGUCCACAAAACGCACGGAGUUGAAAAUACUACUCAACGUGUAUACGAAGGGCACAAACAAUGAGUAAACUUUUCUAUGAUGUGCGUUUAGCAGAUCGCACAACUAUGCUGUUGGAAAUGUACUUUUUUCCAACAGGAUUCGAUGCUAAAUUCACCGGGAAUUCACCGAGCUCUUUUCAUUCAGCUCAAACAGGUAGAAUCUCUGUAAUUCGGUGUGGGAGAUCUGCAAACAAUGAGAAUACAGCCAAACCUCUUUUUACGCUCACUUAUUUUACACUCCAAAUUCCAACUAACGAUCCAUUUUUUGCACUCGAAAUUCCAACUUACGCUUCCUCUUUUUACGUUCCAAAAAUCCAAUGCAAAAACUAAUGUAAUAUGAGUAUUUCUGGAACGAGACCGAUGAGGAGAUGCCGGAAAUCAUUGUUUGACGCCGUCAUAAAUUCCAAUAUGGUGACUUUCGGUUUGUGAAAGUCACUUUAAAUCCAUGCAAUAUGGGUGUUUAAUGUUUUAGACACCGUACCGAAAAAAAACGAAAUUUUUGUGGAAAAAUCA